AAACAAGCGAGCUCACGUCUGACCGAUGAAGCUACCUAUUUACUUCCGGUUCAGAGUUCAUCUGCCUCUGAAUAAUAACAGAAGUGGAAACGGAGGGGAGCAGCAAAGAUGGAGUCCAGCGAGGAGGGGGGUCUCAGUGUCGGAGGCUCCGUGGGAGAGGACAACUACUUCCUGGGGUACACCUUCACCGAUCGCUCCCACUCCAGCCGGGUGGUGAAGAGCAUCAUGGAUCUGUGUUUGGAGGACGGCUUGUUCGCUGAUGUCACCAUCACCGUGGAUGGCAAAGAAUUUAACCUGCAUCGGCUGGUGCUUUCGGCACAAAGCAGUUUCUUCCGCUCUAUGUUCACUUCCAACCUCAAAGAGUCCCACAACCGCUGUAUUGAACUGAAGGAUGUCAGCGCCACUGUCUUUCAGUUGCUGAUUGAUUACAUCUAUCAUGGCACGAUUAAAUUGAAGGUGGAGGAGCUUCAGGAUACCUACGAGAUGGCAGAUAUGUAUCAGCUCACUGCACUGUUUGAGGAGUGUUCCCGCUUCCUCUCUCGGACAGUAGAGGUCAAAAACUGCCUACAGGUGAUGUGGCUAGCAGACAGACACAGUGACCAGGAGUUAUAUACUGCAGCAAAGCAUUGCGCUAAAAUCCACCUGGUGCAGCUGCGUCAGACUGAGGAAUUUCUCAAUCUGCCUCUCUGUCUUCUCCUGGACAUCAUCAAAGAUGGAGUUCCGAGCUCCCAGAAUCCUACGGUGGCCAUUGAGGUGUGGAUAAAUCACAACAAGGUUGAGAGAGAAGAGUUUUCUUGUAUUCUUCAAGAAAAUCUGAAGGAAAUCGGUGAGAAUGUCCAUAUUUACCUGAUUGGGAAAGAGGAGACGCGGACUCACUCCCUGGCUGUGUCGCUUCACUGCGACGAGGACGACGCGAUCAGCGUGCGCGGACAGAACAGUUUGUGCCAUCAGAUCACUGCGGCCUGUAAACACGGAGGGGACCUUUACGUGGUGGGGGGCUCCAUUCCUCGCCGCAUGUGGAAGUGCAACAUGCACACCAUGGACUGGGAGCGCUGCGCCCCACUGCCCAGAGACCGCCUCCAUCAUACCAUGGUCUCUGUCUCUGCUGAGGACGCUAUCUACUCAUUAGGGGGUAAGACGUUGCAGGACACACUCUCAAAUGCGGUCAUCUACUACACCGUGAAGGACAACGUGUGGACAGAGACCAGCCAGCUGGACACAGCGGUGUCCGGGGCUGCCGGUGUCAACUUGGGAGGUACCAUCUACCUGCUCGGAGGGGAGGAGAACGACAUGGACUUUUUUACUAAGCCUUCUCGACUGAUUCAGUGCUUUGACACGGCCUCCCAGAAAUGCCGGAUCAAACCGUACAUGCUGCCGUUUGCGGGCUGCAUGCACGCCGCGGUGCACAUGGACGUGAUCUUCGUCGUAGCCGAGGGAGACUCCCUGGUGUGCUACAACCCUCUGCUGGAGAGCUUCACCCGCCUGCGCUUCCCUGAGGUGUGGAGCUGUGUUCCUUCACUGUGGAAGGUUGCCAGCUGUAAUGGGUGCAUUUACGUCUUCCGAGACAAAUGUAAGAAAGGUGACGCGAACACGUUAAAGUUUAACCCGGCCACAUCCGUUGUCUACGUUAUCCGAGGUUUAAAAAUCCUCCUCACAAACUGGCAGUUUGUUUUGGCCUAAACUGUCCUCUGGAUGUUCAAACUGUGUUAGCAGGACAAUCAGAAUCAGACAUCCGUAGAUCUGCUCUAAAUGUAUUUGCUCAGCUGGUUUUUGUGUCACUCGUUCCAUGUUGACUUCAACCUCAGACCAGUAGAAAAAGUUUGACGUUUAUUUCACUUGCUCGUAUUAUUCCAUUGAGUCAUUGUUGGUUCCUUUAGCUCAGAGGACACAUGAUUUGUAGGAAUUCUGUAACAAGUGGUGUACUAAGCGUCUACGUUUCCUGUGCACUGAUUAGUUGUUGACAUGCAUGCACAGCUUCCGAUUAAAAACUUUACCCAACAUAAAACA